UCGUCGGCCUUGCCUCAGCGCGAUAUCUUUGGCGCUUGUUCCGUGAGCUCUAUACUCGCGCGCAGUCGACUGCUACUAGCCAGGCUUGUACUGGCUGCUCCGCUUUUUCGAAGGGGAUUCCUCCGCGGUCAGCUCAGUUUGUUUGGGAAGACCGAGGAGCUCGGCUCGUGCGCGCGGCUGUGAUUUAUGCGGGCUUCCGAUUUUGUGUAGUGCGCGAGAGAAGUGAUAUCGUUGUGUUUCUCCGAUUUGUACGAUCAAGGUCUGGAGAUUGUCGAGCGCAGCUGAUGCUUCGGAGACAGUGGGUUUAUCACAGGCUUUUCUCGCAAAAAAUGCUACUAUGAUUAAUAAAUGAAGAAUUACGAGGUGAUCGAUCGAAGCAGUCGAUGUCAGAGAAAGCACCAUGGACGCCAGUAAAAAGUACGAUAGUCCAAAUCCUAGGCUCAAAGCUAACAUAGUCAGCAAAGUAUUCUUUUGUUGGCUGAUUCCAAUAUUUUGGUAUGGCAGAAAAAAUGACAUUGAACCAAAGGAUAUUCACAACGUUUUGCCAAAAGAUGUGAGCGAAACACUCGGGGAUAAAUUAGAAAGAAAUUGGAAAAAAGAAGUGGAAAAUGCCCAAAAGAACAAAAGAAAACCAAACUUCCGUAAAGCCAUCCAGAGGACCUUCGGCUGGCCCUUCAUGCAUCUUGGGAUCUACGCUUUCCUUCUGACCGUUGUGAUCAAACUGUUGCAGCCGAUCGCUCUGGGCCUUUUAAUUGGACACUUCUCUCCGAGCGCUACGUCGAGUACGAACGAAGCUUAUGCCUACGCCUCCGGCGUUAUACUCAUGACCGUGUUGGAGUCCGUAAUGUUUUGUCACGUUGUAUACCAGUGCCGAGAACUCGGCGUCCAAUUGAGGGUCGCGUGCUCGUCUUUGAUCUACAGAAAAAUUAUGCGAUUGUCCUGUGCAGCGGCGAGUAAAGCAUCGGGCGGACUCGUGAUUAACCUGUUAUCCAACGAUGUAGUCAGAUUCGAACAAGUGUUCACAUUUUUGCACUACAUUUGGAUAAUGCCUAUUCAGGCGGCAGUGGUUGCUUACCUCAUUUGGAGGAGCGUCGGUGUAGCCUCGCUAGCCGGGGUAUUUUUCAUGAUUCUGCAGACGAUACCGUUUCAAAUUUACUUCGGCAAGCUGAUACACUCGUACCGCAAGAAAGUCGCGGUCAGGACUGAUGGCAGAGUACUGCUGAUGAACGAGAUAAUCAACGGAAUACGGGUGAUCAAGAUGUACACCUGGGAGCCAGUUUUCCAGAAGCUCGUCUGCACUGCGAGGAGGAACGAGCUCAAACAGAUUGUAGCAUCAAACUACUUGAAAGGUGCCACUUGGGCAUCGUUUUCUUACGCUCAGCGCACGGCCUUAUUCUUUUGCAUAUUGGUUUACGUCCUGCGAGAUAACGUUAUCACGGCUGACAAGGUAUUCACGAUAGCACAGCUUUUCAGUGUGAUGCAAUUGACUAUGGCAGCCUUGUUUCCUCGAGGCUUGCAUUUUUACGCAGAGGCGAAAGUAUCGAUAAAUCGGAUUCAGAACUUUUUACUAUCUGAGGAAAUUGAGGCCACCGAUCGGAAACAGGUCAAGAGCGAUGAUAGCAACGCCAAUAUCUCUAUAACAAAAGUGACCGCUUCGUGGACCAAGGACUCGAUUACGGAUACUCUUCGAGAUGUCAAUGUCACUGUGCCGUGGAAGAGUUUGUGUGCUGUCGUCGGCCCCGUCGGUGCAGGCAAGAGCUCUUUUCUAAAAUUGAUCUUAGGCGAGUUUCGGCCAAGCAUUGGCCGGGUGAACACCCAGGGCAGUGUAUCGUACGCUAGCCAGGAACCUUGGCUGUUCUCUGGAUCUGUGAGAAACAAUAUCCUCUUUGGCCAGCCCUAUGAUGAGGAAAAGUACAACAAGGUAGCCAAGGCUUGCUGUCUCGUAGACGAUUUCGAGCAGCUUCCUCAUGGCGAUCGGACUUUCGUGGGCGAGAAAGGAGCUUCUCUCAGUGGUGGUCAGUGCGCCAGGGUUAAUUUAGCUAGAGCUGUGUACAGGGACGCUGAUAUCUACCUGCUAGACGAUCCCCUUUCAGCAGUUGAUACUCGUGUUGGUAAACGCCUCUUCGAAGACUGCAUCAACGGAUACCUAAAAGAUAAAACUCGCAUUCUAGUGACCCAUCAAAUACAAUUUCUCAUGAUGGCGGACUCGAUCGUUUAUCUCGAAAACGGUAAAGUCGAAUUCCAAGGAGAUUUUCAAACUUUCCGAAAGCACGACAAGCACUUUUCGCAUAUGGAAAAAAACGAUUCAAGUGAGAAACAGCCAGCUGAAGAAAAAGAAGCCGAUAACGAUGCUGAUGCACCUCUAGAUCUGACUACUUCUAAUGACGAGGACACUCGUGAAGAGCCAAAGGAGACUCAAGAGCUGGUUGCGAAAGGAAGCGUCUCGAACGCUUUGUAUUGGAAAUAUUUCAAAACUGGUAACUCGUACUUCAUACUCCUUCUGUAUGCCAUAAUUUUCAUUGUGGCACAAGUGUUUAGCAGUGGUGGUGACUAUUGGAUAGCUUAUUGGACUAGACAAGAAGAAGCCCGCCUAGCAAGUUCAAUUGCUCAAGAAAGGAACAAUAUUACCAAUGAAACAGACACAUUCACGAAUCAAACUAAUAAUCAGAACAUUACAGUUACGAAGAUCAUGGAUGCAUCACAAUAUCUCGACACCGAAUUAGCACUUUAUAUUUUUGCAAUAUUAGUUUUCGCCAGUGUCAUAAUGUCAACUGCGAGAAAUGUUAUAAUUUACAGAAUUUGCAGGAAUUCCAGUUUACAAAUUCAUAAUAAAAUGAUUGACUGUAUACUCAAAGCACCCAUGCGAUUUUUCGAUGCCAAUCCCUCAGGUCGCAUCCUUAAUCGUUUUUCUAAAGAUCUCGGAGCUGUAGAUGAGAUUCUCUCGCUAGCUAUAAUGGAAUCCUUUCAAGUGGUAUCUAUUCUUCUCGGAGUUAUGAUACAAGUACUUAUCAUCAAUUGGUGGAUGGUUUUUCCAAUGUGCAUCAUGCUGUUUUUCCACCUGAACAUAAAGAAUAUGUAUCUCUCUACCGCUCGUAGCAUAAAAAGACUAGAAGGAAAUGCUAAAAGCCCUGUAUUUUCUCAUGCCAAUUCGUCCCUAAAUGGACUACUCACGAUUCGCUCGUGUCAAGCUGAAUCAAUGGUCUGCAAAGAAUUCGACGGUCACCAAGACGUCCACACUGCCACAUUUUCCCUCGUUCUUUCUACCAGUACAGCUUUCGGAUUCUGGAUUGACUUGGUUUCUGUAGCAUUCGUCGCUGUUGUCACGUAUAGUUUCAUUUUACUCGACAGCGUAUCAAGUGAUAGAGUAGGUCUGGCUAUUACUCAGACAUUAGUCAUUACUGGAGUGCUUCAACAUGGGAUGAAAAUGGCUGCUGAAAUGGUCACACAAAUGAUCGGAGUCGAGAGACUUUUCCAAUUUACGAAGCUAGAACAAGAAGGCCCAUUUGAAAGUGAACCUGGAAAGGAACCUCCAAAAUCAUGGCCGAGUAAAGGAGAGGUUCAGUUUGAAAAGUUGUACCUCAGGUACAACGCUGCGGUGGAUCCUGUUUUGAAGAACCUUAAUGUGAAGAUUGAGCCAGGAAUGAAGGUGGGAAUAGUCGGACGAACGGGCGCUGGAAAAUCGUCGCUCAUAGCUGCGCUCUUUCGACUCACAAAAGUUGAAGGUGGGCUGUAUGUCGAUGGCAUCGACACUAACAGGAUUGGUCUGAAAGACUUGCGCAGCAAGCUGUCGAUUAUCCCUCAAGAACCGAUGCUGUUUUCGGCAUCGCUUCGAGACAACCUAGAUCCUUUCCACGAGUUUACCGAUGAUGUUCUAUGGUCAGCUUUACAAGACGUUGAACUGAACAAAGCUUUUGUUUCUCUCGAUCAAUCGGUUGAUCAGAGUGGCAGCAAUCUCAGCGCUGGUCAGCGACAACUGCUGUGUUUAGCAAGGGCGAUUGUAAAGAGGAAUAAGGUUCUCGUUUUGGACGAGGCUACUGCCAACGUGGAUCCAGCCACGGAUGCUUUGAUACAGAAAACUAUUAGAAUCAAUUUCAAGGACUGUACUGUAUUGACGAUAGCGCACAGAUUAAAUACAAUUAUGGACAGCGAUAGAGUUUUAGUGAUGAAUUUUGGAGAAGCAGUGGAGUUCGAUCAUCCGCACAUUUUACUUCAAAAUAACAAUGGAUAUUUUACUAAGAUGGUGCAGCAAACUGGUAACAAUAUGGCCGAGCACCUAUGUAAUAUCGCCGAGAAAGCUUACAAAAAAGAGACGACAGUACCCGAAGCUGAAAAUCGAACAAUUGAAAAUGGAGUGAACAAAAAAAGUAAUUAAUUGAUAAUAACCUCAGCCUUAGGAUCGGACGUAAGAUUUAAGUUUAUUUGUAUUGUACGUUUUGAUACGAUAUUCGUGAAAAUCCGUUUUGUAGUAAUUGUGAUAAAAGCAGUGUAAAUAAUUAUAUGUACUUUAUAACAGAAUAAAGAAUAAUUUAUUCUUUUUGU